CACACGGCUACUCAUUUUAGGAAUUAAUUCAUCUGGAGCAAGGUUUUCCUGUUUCAGAUUGAAAGAAACCGUCGUCGCAAGAAGAAUCGAAUCCCUCAAGUGGCAACACAUUAUUUUCGAGAGAGCUCCACGGUCUCAUUCCGAUCUCAGAACACAAUCGCUAUGCGAGCCCUUUAGCUUGGUGCUCGCCAUUCAAUGCAAUCCAAGGUGUCGACAGAUUCUUCAUGAUCGAUCCAUUGGUGCUGGUUGUCCGAUCGGAUCAGAAUCAGAAUCGAAUGGAAUCCUUUUGCAUUGCCCAGCCAAUGCCAAUGCCCUCGACGCUGCAUGCCCAUGUUGACCUUCGCUGCCGGAUAAACCAAAGCUUCAAAAGACGUAUCUUCGCAUCUUCGCAUCGCAUGAUGAGAAGCCAAGCCAACCAAAAGCUUCCAAACGCCACGCUUGGCUCACGUCAGCAAGGUUUGAUGACUUCAUACCGGAUCUCUACUUAUCGUCAUUGUGUCGAGUCGUGCUAUUUUUGGCACUAUUCCUCGCGAACAAUGCCAGCAAUGGAUUUGCCUGGAGAUUCCGUUACUAAUACUGGCCACUUUUUCUCGAAUAGAACAACCGCUGCGCAACAUCCAUCACACAAAACCAACUCACACAAACCAACAACCGAAUUUCAUCAACACUAGCAAACAAAGAGAAAGAUGAAAGAUGACAUGCCUUCCAUCACUGCCGUCAUGGUAGCCUACUGCGUCCUCCUUUUGGGCGGCGAUGACUAUGGUCGCAGCCGCAUCCCUCCCAACAUUAUCGCCGCCCAAGUCGCCGUCUUGGUCGCUGCCAAUCUCCCCUUUGGAACCUGUCCGUGGGUAUUGUGCAAUCCCGUCGUGGCCAAGUUGGCCCGAUGUAUUGCGGCCAUUUGGUAUCCCGGAUUCUUUGAAGGCAUUGGAUUUCGCAAACUCAUUAUUGAAUGUCAAGUCCGCGAUUUUUUGCAACAACACGAAACAGCCGAACGCAAACAAGUCGUUGUUGUGGCAGCCGGCUACGAUACUCUGGCGUUGCGAUUGUGUCGCGAAUACUCCAGUAGUGUCAACUUUUGGGAAGUCGAUCAUCCCGCUACCAGUCGCGUCAAGCGGCGUGUGUGGGAUAACAAUAAUAACAACAACAGCACAGACUGCGACGCCAAGAAAAACGACAAUGAACAGCAACAACAACCUCUGUUGUUGGGCAGUCAACCGUCCAAUAUGGAACAUGUCAUGGCCGAUUUGACCAAGAUCCGGCUCGACACCGUCCUCAAGGAACAACCCGGUUACGAUCCCAGUUUGCCCACCAUUGUGAUUGUCGAAGGAUUGAGCAUGUACUUGACAGAAGGACAGAUUCGAGGAUUGUUGUUUGAUCAAGUCCAAGCCAGUGUCAGUAAGGGAAGUGUCGUCAUGUUUGACUUUUUUGGAUGGAACGAACGUCGACAAACCGUCGAAGUGGGAUGGGUCGUGCCGGCCAUGCACAAGUACGGAUUCACCGGUGGGGCGGAACCAUGGGUGUGGGGAUUGGAUCCAAACAAGAUGGAUCAGUUCUUGGACGAUACCGACUGGAAGUUGAUGGGAGAUGUCCAAUCGUGUGGAUUUGAAAAUGUUGCCACACUCGAAUUGACGUGUUGAUGCAUGAGGACAACCUGUGGUCGGCAAACAAGUAUUGUCGAUGCAAAUGAUUUUUGUAGAUGUACCAACUACACGACGAAUGCGAAGUGAUACAAAACGAUACAAAAAGUAAAAUAUAGAAGAUUGACUGUUGUAUUG